AAUGCACAAAAGAUCGUCAGAAACAGGCGAUCGCAGCUGACUUGAUCGACGCAUUGAAAUUGUCUGCAGUUUUUUUGACUAAUUUUGAAAUAUUUUGGCUUGAAAUAUUAAGAUGGCGUCAAGACAUAAGGAAGAUCUCAGAGUAAAGGAAGUUCCUGAUGUUGUUACAGAUCCAUCAACUGGAAAAACAUACACUAAAGGAAGAUUUUUGGGCAAGGGUGGUUUUGCUAAGUGUUACGAACUGACUGAUGAUGCCUCCAAACAGAUCUACGCUGGCAAGGUCGUCUCAAAAGCCCUUCUUGUCAAACCUCACCAAAAAGACAAGAUGACGAUGGAGAUCCACAUUCACAAGAGCCUCCACCACCGUCACAUCGUUGGCUUUCAUAGCUUCUUUGAAGACAAGGACAACGUUUAUGUGUUACUGGAGUUGUGCCGGAGGAGGUCGCUAAUGGAGCUUCACAAAAGACGGAAGGCGAUCACCGAGCCAGAGACUCGUUACUUCAUGCGGCAGUGCAUCCUGGCUUGUCAGUAUCUGUGCAAGACGAAGGUGAUCCACCGUGACCUCAAGCUCGGUAACCUCUUCCUCGAUGACAACAUGGAGGUCAAGGUUGGCGACUUUGGCCUUGCUACCAAGGUCGACUUCAGCGGAGAGCGCAAGAAGACACUAUGUGGCACUCCCAACUACAUUGCCCCGGAAGUGCUAUCCAAGAAAGGUCACAGCUACGAGGUUGACCUAUGGUCACUAGGGUGUAUCAUGUAUACGUUAUUGGUUGGGAAACCCCCUUUUGAGACCCAGAGUUUGAAAGACACAUAUCAACGAAUCAAGAGGAAUGAAUACAGAAUACCAUCCAGUGUCAGUACACCAGCUCGCAAUCUCAUUGUAAAAUUACUCAAAAACGAUCCUCAACAGAGGCCGCACAUUGACGUCCUCCUACAAGACGAGUUCUUCACCUCAGGGUACCUACCACCUCAGCUACCAACCACUUGUCUUACCAUGGCUCCAAGGUUCCAAGUGCCAGUAUCCUCAUCUAGAAGACCUCUAUUAGAAGUCCAAGCACAAGAUGAGAACGUCCCUCCCAGUCGUGAGCAGAGCGGGAAACCCCGGAAACACAGCGAGCGCAAAGAGAACGGCAAACCAAAGGCUUUCCAACCCAAGGAAGAUUACCUGGCCAGCCUGAGGACUCAUCUGCUCAGUGUGGUAUCCUCCAAGCCUCAUUCCAAGGCUGACAUCAGAUUAGAUGAAGCUGAGGACCCCGCAGCAGUGCCAAUCCUUUGGGUCAGUAAAUGGGUCGAUUACUCAGACAAAUAUGGUCUAGGUUACCAGCUGUGCGAUGGCAGCGUUGGCGUUCUCUUCAAUGACUCGACAAGACUUCUACUCCAUGCCAAUGCAGACACAUUGGAAUACAUAGAUAGAGAAGGAAAUGAGAAGUACUGUCGUCUUGGAGCUUACGACUCCACGCUACACAAGAAAGUUACCCUACUGAAAUACUUUAGGAACUACAUGAGUGAGCAUCUACUCAAGGCUGGUGCCGCCAUGACACCUCGUGAAUCUGAUAGCAUGGCCAGACUACCAUUCCUACAGAGCUGGUUUAGGACAAAGAGCGCUAUAGUUCUUCAUCUUAGCAAUGGAACUUUACAGAUCAACUUCUUUGACGAUCAUACCAAGCUGAUAGUAUGUCCAUUAAUGGGAGCCGCCACCUACAUUGACACCAAGAGAAACUUCCGCACUUUCCGCCUAAAUCUGAUCGAGAAACACGGCUGCACGUACGACCUCUACGAAAGGCUCAAAUACGCCGACAGUAUGGUCAAGAGCAUGAUCGACAAGAAGUCAUCCGCCGUCAAGGCCAACUAGUAACCAUGACAGGCUCAAAUCUGUUGAGAACAUGAUCGAAAAGAAAUGAUCUGCCGUAAGAGGAAAGCUAUCAAACUAUGACAGGCUCAUAUAGGUCAAGAACAUGAUUUUAUAGAAAUCAUCUUGUAUUGUGGCAUAUUAUAUACUGAUGAGCACGAUUUGAAUGGGGCAUUAGAUUUUCUAUUACCCUGCUCCAAAAGUAGUUGGUUUAUAUAACAAAUAUCGACUGGUCUCUGGGAAAUAUUGGGCCCAUAGUCUCAAAUUCUCAAGAUCACCAUUUGAGAGCAAGAAUUUGUACUAUUGCCCUCGUGAGCAGUCAAUAUUUGUAUACUAGUGAACCUGUUAGAGCAGAGUGGUAUCCAUCGCUGCCCACUUUGACUAAAAGAAGUAAGAUCACUUUGUGCAAUAAUUUUCACUAUUGCCCUCAUGACCAGUCAAUAUUUGUGUACUAGUGAACCUGUUAGAGCGGAGUGGUAUCCACCGCUGCCCACUUUGACUAGAGGAAGCAAAUAAGUGUAAUUCUUCCUGCAUUUCUAUUUCAACAGAUUUUAUUUUGAUAGGCAGAUAAUUCACCUCCAUGACAUCCUUUAUAAUAUCUUGACAAGCCAAAGAUAGUGCUGUCCACUGCUGGUGAUGAAACGCUCAUUGAAUUUUGAUUCCUUCGUGUAUCUAUUGUAAAUAAAACAAAUAAUGUACAGUAUGUAUAUAUCUAUAUAUGUUAUUCCAUGUUCCCCUGUGGUUCAGUAUCGUACGUUUUUAACACAGAAUCAAUCUUAUAUCAAAAUCUAUAUGACGACUAACUCUAAAAAGCUUGAAGCUCAUACGGUAAGCAGUUGUAGUUUUGCAUCAUUUUAUUAUUUGAAAUGGUCUGCAAAUUAAACAAAUGAAGUAUAUUACAGUCCUGUGAGGAUAAAAUGCGAAGAAACCUUUUCCAUUUUAUCUUCCACAUGCAUGGUUGCGCAUUUGAAUGGAAUCGGAAGUAGAGUUUGCGCACAAGUCCUCGUGUAUAUUCUGGAAUUUUGGGUAAGGGUAUUUCUUAGUCACUUUAGCUUCUGAGCCUUGUGUUCUAUCUGAAAUUCCUUUUUGUGUAAAGUUGCUUCAUGAUGUUAAUUGAUGAUCUAUCAUUGUUUAGUUAUAUAGAAUCAUGUUCUUUUGUUGAUUUUUCUCUUUAUUUUCAGAAUAAAUUGUAUUUGUUUUGUCUUCUAUUUUAAAAAGCAACUUUCUCUUAACUGUACCCUUACCCGAGUUGAAACAAAAAUAAAACAAUUUUUUUUAAAUGUUAAAUCAAUGAAAUAGAGUAGCUACAUACACGUACCUGCCGGUGGCAUUAUUGCUAUGACGUCACUACCAUUCGGAAAUGAAUUUGCUUUUAUUCCAACAAGGAGGCUUGCAAUUGCCUGGAAUUUCUUUUUUUAUUUUUUACUUUUGUACUAUUAUUCAAAACUUUGAGAAUUGAGAUGUUGGAAUAUUCUUAUCAAAUGCCAUUUCAAAUUCUUUUCCAAAACGCGGAUUGUAUAGUGUGAAGGGGCUUUACAUCAUGUUGACAGUUUUUCAGAAAGAAUCUUGUCAGGGUUUUUCACCAACAAAUUUGCUCUGAGCCAAUCAGAUGCAAGGAUUACAGUAGCUUGUAACAAAUAGUCACUGAAAAUCAUUGAUUAUUUCUUUCAUGAAAUGCCCUCCCCUUGACCCCGUCACAUUGGUCAGGUUAGAGUCUGUAAGAAAUCAACUCAUCUCUGCGCUCUUUCGUCACAGGCAUGGCCCAUUCCAUAAAGAGUUUGUGGCAGCUACCAUCGCGACAUGGCUCGGUCGGAAGCCAAUCACAAACAAGGCUUCCACGGUAGUUGUCAUAAUGGCACUUAGUUGUAACUCUUUAUGAAAUGGGCAACAGAUUUAGAGCAUUAAUUUGAUGCCAUGCUUAAGGAGAAGCCUUGUUCUCUGUAGCUUUCUGUAAUUAUACCCUUUAUACUCCUUGCCAUGUAGAAUAACUUUUACUAGGUCAAAGUUUAUUGUACUUUGUAACAUUUAAGGUUUACCCAGCAUGUAUUCAUGGUUAUUGGGGAUAUUCCUAUGAUUAACAUUUGCUACACUAUCAGGACUUAAUAGAGGUGGUUGGGGGCAUUUUCCCCUUUUGAAAAGCGAACUCCACCUACGAAAUAAGUCCCAUGAAAUUUGCAAUUGGUGAUAUUUUUUAUGGCUUGGAAUUUUGUUUGAUAAUCUUAGGACUUUGUAUCAUAGCAGAACGGUACUUUGUAUAUAAAAUACAGUGUUCAUGAAGACGUAGUAUUGACUUCUGAUUUAAGGUUUAUAAUAAUGAAAUAAAAUCUUCUUGUAUUUAAA